AUGGCCGGCGUUCCUUACAUUGAGCAGGACCCGGACCAGAUGUCCAAGCUCAUGCAGUCACUGGAGCAGUACCGAAAGGGGCAACAUCGUGGCAAGGCGUCCGUGAAGAGGACCCCGUUUCAGGUCAAAGAAUCGCCAAAUAAUAUCACAGUCGAUUCGUGGAGAUUCCAAGAAUGGGACUACAAGCGACGAGACCUGCCAGUAUAUGCUCGUGGGCUCUUCACUACAAAAACGCGCAAGAAUCGUCACGAGAUUGCCGUGCGAGGCUACGACAAGUUUUUUAAUGUCGACGAAGUCAACGAAACCAAGUGGGAGAAUAUCCUGACGAAGACCAAAGGGCCAUAUGAACUCACUCUCAAGGAAAACGGAUGCAUCAUCUUCAUUGCUGGCCUUGAAGACGAAACCCUCAUUGUCUGCAGCAAACACUCUACAGGAGAUCGUGGCGGCGAGCUCACACACUCCAAGGCCGGGGAGGCUUGGAUAGAGAAACAGCUUCUAGGACUCGGAAAGACGAAGAACGACCUAGCUAAAGAACUUCGACAACGCAAUGUGACGGCUGUUGCUGAGCUUUGCGACGACGCCUUUGAGGAGCAUAUUUUGGCGUAUGGACCGGAUAAAGCCGGGCUCUACUUGCAUGGAAUCAAUCUCAAUGUGCCGGAAUUCAACACGUACCCCAGCAACGCCGUUCAGCAGUUCGCAGAUGCCUGGGGUUUCCGUAAGACAAACUACCUCGUGUUCGAGGAUGUCAACAAAGUCAAAGAGUUUCUGGAGGAUGCUGCUAUCACUGGCGCAUACGACGGUCGUGACGUCGAAGGCUUCGUUAUCCGCUGCAAGAUGUCAGGGAACCCUGCAAAUCUCCCAUAUGAGGAUUGGUUUUUUAAGUUCAAGUUUGAGGAACCAUACCUUAUGUACCGGCAGUGGAGAGAAUGCACAAAGGCGUUGAUCUUGGGCAAGCCACCCCGAUUCAAGAAGCACGUUGCUAUUACCGAAGAAUAUCUCUUGUACGCCAAAAAACGUAUGGCUGCCAACCCUGGGCUGGCCAAACUAUACAACCAAAAUCAUGGAAUCAUUGCCCUGCGUAAUGAGUUCCUCGACUACAAAAACAUCAGGGGCAGUGAUGCUGCCAACAUGGACCAAUCGGACGUGGUUGUACUCCCAGAGGUCACCCAAAAUGUCGUUCUGGUACCGAUUGCAACCAUCGGUUGCGGGAAGACGACGGUUGCUCUGGCAUUGACAGAGCUUUUUGGCUGGGGACACAUUCAAAACGACAACAUCUCUGGCAAGGGGCGGCCGCCUCGAUUCACCAAGGCAGUGCUGGAGCAACUCGAAGAUAAGCCUGUUGUGUUUGCUGAUCGCAACAAUGCGCAAAAGCAUGAAAGGAAGCAAAUCAUUUUUGACACCAAGACCCAACAUGAGUCUGUCAAGAUGGUGUGUCUCAACUUCCGCCAUGACCAAGAAUCUCUCGAAGAGAUCCGGAAGGUGACGCGUGAAAGGGUUAUACAACGUGGUGAUAAUCACCAAACCAUCCACGCUGCUAGCGACCAGGAAAAGUUCCUCGGAGUUAUGGAUGGAUUUAUCGGUCGUUUUGAGCCUUGUUCUCCCCUUUCUCGACCAGAUGACGGGUUUGACGCCUUUAUCGACUUAGAUCCUGUUGCAGGAAGCCGAAGGAACUUGGAAACAGUCGUGACAAAGCUUCAUGAAAUCUUCCCCAAUGUUGUCAAGGAAGUACCAACGGCCGACCAGCUAGAUGAGGCGAUUGAGUCGGCGCUUGGAUUUAAGCCAGGUUUCAGGCACGAGAUUCCGGAUCGGAGCAGCAAACAACCAGCCAGGCAGCCGCCAAAAAAGGAGAAGAAUAAGCCCAAGGAGCUUGAAUACAUGUCCAUCGUCGUCCCCCGACACGUUGUGAACUGCAUGCUUGACAAGGUAUUUGCUUCGUGCGACAAGGAACUAUCCCGCAACUACAUGCAACUCAAGCAAACCCGUCGAAUACAGUCCGAUUUUCACGUAACGCUUCUGCAUAGAGCCAGUGCAAAGCAGUUCCCCGAGCUCUGGCAACGCUACCUCGCGCUGCACGAUUCGGCAGGUGGAGGGACCGGAAAGCUAGGCGAGUGCGAUGUGGUCAUGGAGAGGGUUGUUUUCGAUCAACGGAUUAUGGCGAUCGUGGUCCGAAUCGACGACACAUCCAACAUAUGGGAAUGCGCGAACCGUGUAGCACAUAUUACCGUGGGCACAAGAGAUAAUACAGUAAAGCCCAAAGAGAGCAAUGUCUUGUUAGGGAAUUGGCUGGAUGAAGGGCCGACUGGUGACAUUCGCGAGGUCAUCUUUGCGGAUAAGGUCACAGUACCGUGCAGUGUUCAUUCGGUUCUGUCGCGGUAA